CGAUUAGGUUACUGAACGUUAAACGAAAUGACCGUGUUGCUUAGGCUUUCUCUGCUUCUAACGUUUCUUUCAUUAUCUCUAAACCUUAGUUCUGCUUUGUAUGAAGAUCAAGUAGGGCUCAUGGAUUGGUAUCAACAGUACAUAGGUAAAGUAAAGCAUGCGGUCUUCCAUACUCAGAAGGCGGGGAGAAAGCGUGUUCUGGUUUCUACAGAGGAGAAUGUUAUUGCUUCACUUGAUCUCCGCAGGGGGGACAUUUCUUGGAGACAUGUUCUUGGGGCUGAUGACAUCAUCGAUGAAAUUGAAAUUGCCCUCGGAAAAUAUUUCAUUACCCUUUCAUCAGAGGGUACUAUUUUAAGAGCAUGGAACCUUCCCAAUGGGCAGAUGGUGUGGGAGUCUCUCGUUCAGGGUUCAAAACCCUCAAAGACAUUUCUAUUGAUGAACUUCAAACUGGAUAAGGACAACAUAAUUUUUGUUUUCGGUAGACAAUGUCUCCAUGCUAUUUCAAGCAUUGAUGGAGAGGUUCUUUGGAAGAGAGAGUUGACCACAGAGAGCUUAGAGAUUCAGCGAAUCUUUCAGCAUGUUGACAGUGAUAUCAUAUAUGUUGUAGGAUUUGUUGGUUCAUCACAGUUUCAUACAUACCAGAUUAAUGCUAAAACUGGCGAGCUACUUGAGCAUGGGAGUGCAGCUUCUGGAGAAAUCUCAUUUGUCUCUAAUGACAUCCUUGUGACAUUGGACUCCACUGGGUCAAAUGUAGUGGUGAUAAGCUAUCGGGAUGGAGAUAUCAGCUUUCACCUGACACAUAUUCCAGAUCUUGUUCCAGGUUCGUUUGGGGUGGCAAGAAUAUUGCCUACAAAGCUUACCGGGGUAUUUGCACUAAAAACAGGUUCUUUUGCAAUGUUCCUUAGGCUGUUGGGGGAAAACAAGCUAGAAGUGAUAGAGAAAUUUAAAUAUCCAGUAGCUUUUAGUGAUCCUCUUUCAUUCUCUGAGGGCCAAAAAGCUUUUGCAUUGGUUCAACAUGAAGGAAGUAGGAUUCAGCUCACAGUGAAGCUUGAUAAUGACUGGAACAGUAAUUUACUUGAAAGCUUUGAAAUGGAUCCUCAAAGGGGCCUCGUACAGAAGGUUUUCAUCAACAACUAUAUUAGAACAGGCGGCUCUUAUGGGUUUAGGGCCUUGAUUGUCAUGGAAGAUCAUUCGCUUCUGUUGCUACAACAGGGAAAGAUUGUGUGGAGUAGGGAAGAUGGGCUUGGUUCGGUUAUUGAUGUGACAACUUCAGAACUUCCUGUGGAAAAGGACGGAGUAUCAGUUGCCAAAGUGGAACACUACCUCUUCGAAUUGCUGAAGGGACACAUACUAAAGCUUAAAGAUACUUUAAUGCUUGCAAGCCCCAAUGACAUAGUGGCUAUUCAAGGAAUGAGGUUGAAAAGCUCUGAGAAGAGCAAGAUGACGAGAGACCACAAUUGCUUUCGAAAGCUUUUGAUAGUACUCACUAGAGCAGGGAAGCUUUUCGCUCUGCACACAGGAAAUGGACAAGUUGUUUGGUCUCUUUUACUAUCUUCUCUUCAUAAAUCAGAAGCCUGUCAGUAUCCCACUGGCCUUAAUAUAUAUCAGUGGCAGGUUCCUCAUCAUCAUGCAAUGGAUGAGAAUCCAUCCAUUCUUGUGGUCGGGAGAUGUGGACUUGGUUCCGAUGCUCUGGGUGUUCUCUCAUUUGUUGAUUCGUAUACUGGGAAAGUGCUAAAUUCUUUGAGCCUUGCUCAUUCCAUAGCUCAGGUUAUCCCACUGCCAUUUACAGAUUCAGCAGAACAGCGGCUUCACCUGCUUAUAGAUGCUGGUGGACUUGCACAUUUAUAUCCCACAUUUGAAGCCUUUAAAACUUUUCAAAGUGAGCUUCCAAACGUAUAUUGGUAUUCUGUUGAAGCUGAGAAAGACAUUAUUAGAGGGCAUGCAUUACAUACCAACUGCAUGACAGAAAAGUUCUGCUUUAACACUCGAGAGUUGUGGUCUAUUGUAUUCCCCUCGGAGUCAGAGAAGAUUAUUUCAACUGCAAUGAGAAAAUUGAAUGAGGUGGUUCACACUCAAGCAAAGGUAAUAGCAGAUCAGGAUGUGAUGUUCAAAUAUAUAUCCAGAAACCUGCUCUUCGUAGCAACUGUUGCACCUAAGGCCUACUGUACUAUUGGAUUGGUGACUCCAGAGGAGUCUUGGUUAGUCGUCUAUCUUAUCGAUACCGUAACUGGUUGAAUAUUGCACCGCAUGACUCACCUUGGUUCACAGGGGCCUGUUCAUGCUGUAAUGGAGAGCUGGGUUAUGUACCAUUACUUCAAUCUCAGAGCAUACAAAUAUGAGAUGUCAGUGAUUGAGAUCUAUGAUCAGUCUCGGGCGGAUAACAAAGAUGUGUGGAAGCUUUUUCUUGGAAAGCACAAUCUUGCUUCACCCAUUUCUUCAUAUUCUUGGCCAGAAGUGGUGAUGAAAUCCCAGAGUUAUUUUUUCACCCAUUCUGUGAAAACAAUGGCAGUGACAUCCACAGCCAAGGGUAUAACAUCUAAGCAGCUUCUUAUUGAUACCAUUGGUGAUCAGGUGCUGGCAUUUGAUAAACGUUAUCUAGAUCCUCGACGAUCAACCAAUCUCACUCAUGCAGAGAGAGAAGAAGGAAUUAUGCCUCUGACAGAUUCACUGCCAAUCAUCCCUCAGUCAUAUGUAACACACUCGCUGCAAGUGGAAGGGCUUCGUGGCAUUUUAACGGUUCCUGCUAAGCUGGAGUCAACCACCCUUGUCUUUGCAUAUGGAAUGGAUCUCUUUUUUACCAUGAUUGCACCCUCGUGGACUUAUGAUUCACUUACUGAGGAUUUCAACUAUGCUCUGCUUCUAAUCACAAUAGUUGCACUCAUUGCAGCAAUCGUUGUAAAAUGGGUGCUGUCUGAGAGGAAAAAACUGAGGGAAAAAUGGAGGUGAGUCGGUCUCUCCUUUUGUGUCCUCGUCUCCUCCCAAAUUUUUUGUAAUGCCCCCACAUCAACAUGCUUUUGAUUUUCUUCCCUUAGUUAUUCUAAUUUAGGAUUGAGAGGACUCCCAACUUGUAAUGCUAAAAUUCUUUUCCUUUGCUAAUUAGUUGCAAUCCCUUUUUUUGUGU